AUCAUUCUGUAAUUUAAGCAUCAAAGUGCACAAAUCUUCUCCAUUUACUUGUCACAAUAAAAUAUACUAAAGAAAAAACAAAAAUUCUUUCACAAUAUAAUAUUCAAUUUUUCUCUCUCUCUAGAAAAUUACACACCACCAACAAAGUUUCUUCUUUUCCAAUUAUCUCAUUCAUCCAUUAAACUAAUUUCUUCUCCUUUCCUUCUUUUUUUUUUUUUUCUCUCUUAAGCCAAUAAUCAUUAAAAAUCAUGUCUUCUUCAAUCUUGAGCUCCCAAUCCAUGGCUAUGGCUUUUGCAGCUCUCUCAGGAACCGUCAUCGUUAUCCUUUCCUUCUGCCUCCAUAAAUCCGACCCCUCAAUUUCUUCUGUGGUGAAGAAGAAAGAGAUGGAGAAGAAGAAGAAAGGAAGGAAAAGAGUUCAUUUUGCUGAUGAUUUGGCCAUUUUUGGAACUGAAGAACUGCAGAUAAAAAAAGGCUUAAUUUUGGGUUCUUCGCCGCCGCCGGGAAGAGGUCCGGCGCGGCGUUUGACAAGCACCGGUGGAGGAGGCGGCGGAAUGCCGGCAAAUAGAGUGGCGCUGUAUAAUGGAAUCUUAAGGGAUCGUUUGGUUCACAGGAUAGCAUAUUCUCUUUAAUUAUAUAUUCAACAACUUCUAUUUUAUUUAUUUAAUUUUCUCUUUCUUUUUCUUUUCUUAGUAAAAAAAUGUCUAUUGACAUUUGAUGUGUAUAUUCAGAUUGUUUCUCCACUUGUGUACAUUAUCUCUUUGAGAUAAGAAAUUUGAACUUUUAUUUCUCAA